UAUGGAAUUAUUAAAACUGCUGUCCACUUUCGUAAUUUUGGUAUCGUCCCAUGUUGCUGUAACUUUUGGACAAUCCUGUACGUAUCGUGAUCAGUGUUCGUGUACUAUGGAUGACGGGAGCCUCAUAGAUUUGUCGUCUUUAGGCAAUCAAGACCAAACCCCGGCGUUCGCGGACAGUUUUGCCUCCGAUGGCUAUUUCUAUUCAUAUAAUCCAUGCUACUCAUUCAUCGAAGGUUCCUGUAUAAACGCUGCUGCAUGUCAAAUAAGUGGGGACCAGUCUGCCCAGUAUCAGCUCGGGGAUGCCACCAGCACAUCUUAUAGUUUUGAUGGAACCAAUGUCCAUUUUCUAUAUUCCUCCACAGAUUCAACCGGACUCACAAGAAAUGUGGACGUGACCUUGAUAUGUGACCAAUCAGGACAACCCGCGUAUUUCGCACCAGCAGGUGAAGUCGGCAGUUUAAACUAUGCAUUUUCAUUAACUACUAAAUGCGCUUGCCCGAAUGGAUGUGGUGGGGGACCUCCUCCUAGCCCGACAGGCCCAACGCCUAACCCUAAACCAAAUAAUUCAGGACCAGACGAUGAAUCAGGCAUCAGCAUAGGGACUAUUUUAUGUAUAGCAGUUUUGGCCUUGGUGGUAGUAUAUUUAGUAGCAGGUACCGUCUUUACAAUGGGUGUUCGCAAAAGUCGAGGAAAAGAGGCCAUUCCCAACGUUACCUUCUGGUCAUCGCUUCCGGGACUAAUCAAGGAUGGAUUCAAGUUUACAUUCCAGAAAAUACGCCCAGGAUAUUCCAGUGUUAAGUGAAUAGCUCAGGACACAAUAGUAUACAAAUGUUC